GAGAAAAGUGGCGCGAGCACACGCCCCAAAAGACAGAAGGGUUUGUGGGUAAAAUAACAGGAAGUCAGUUUCUCUACCAUGGCAACGGGGAUGCUACUUGUGUGCGGAUUGGCACUAUUUCUAACAAUAAAAUCAAACCUACUUCACUCCCAGCAGUUUACGAUUUCGUUUCAGCGUCCUUCAGACUGCGGCGUGGAACAGUUCUACGACAUCUCCAGUCAGUCCUGUGUGAAAUGCGGACCGAACCAGAGUACGAGGGCAACUGGUCUGUCUUGUGAAUGUGUGACUGGGUUCAGAGUUCUCGCCACCAACGGAGCUUCCAUCACCUGUCAGAAGUGUCCACUAGAAAAACCGGCAGUAACAGAGGAUGGCUAUGGGUGUAUCGUCUGUCCGGGCAGUCUGACUGAGCAGGGAACCUGUCAGUGCCCGUCUGGGAGUAUACUGGUGGAGCGGGAUGUCCAGGGGAACCCUCUGGAAGAGGCCAGGUGUGAGGUGUGUAACGGAGCUGAACCUGCCCUCUCAGCCCCUAACAGCUACAGAGACAGGUGUCAGAGAUGCCAGGCUUCCCUCAUCAACACCUCUCAGUCCUGUAUGUGUGGUUCCAACAUCCUGGCUGGAGGUAUGUGUUUCCCUCCCAACAACCUCCCUACAGCUGUGAACCCUAAUGUCAACUAUGCCGAGCUGUCCCUUCCUGUGCAAUCAGCAUGGUUCUCCACAAACCUCUACUCUUCAGCAGCUGCCUGCUUGGUGUAUACUAACCUGACAGCAUGCCAGGCAUUGGGGAACAUGUGUGUGAUGAACAUGCACUCCUUCAGCAGCGUGGCCAACGAUGCCUGUGGUCUCUACAACACCAUCUUCAGAGCUACCGCAGCCCUGGGAUCUACACAGGACAUAUCCUACUGGAGAGCCAAUCUCCCAUGGCUUUACUACGGGGACCAGCCGGGUCUGGCCAACCGCGUGCUGCAGACAGAGCCACUUCCCACUGGAUUCAGCUUCAAGGGACGCAACAGGAAUACAGACAUCAACCUAGUGGCUGCUGUCUACAACGCCAGAGGAGACUUCCUCCAAUGGGAGAAAGUGGGAGGAAACAACCUGCAGCUCUGUCCAGACACCGCCAGGAGACAGGAGGCAGCUUACACCUUUGGCACGGCCUACCUGGAGACUUGUGUUCUCUCCGUAGCAGACCUGUUGCGUGUUUAUGCUGAGCCUUUAUUCUACGAUGUGUUUGUGGAUCUGAGCCGAGGAGAGGACAGGAGACUGCUCCCCCUCCCCACACGUAACCUCAACCAAGAAUACAACAGGAAGUUCAUCAACCAAGGUAACUUGAACGACUGGUACCUAUCGAGACGUGUGUUACUGGUGGACACUCUGAGUGGGAGAGAGAAGAGCCUCGGCUCUCUGCCAAAAGUCAUACGCAUCGCAAGCAGCAUCAGGAUAGGGUUUCAGCUGGUGCCAGGGACCCAGAAGGGACAGGUGUUCCCUCCUCUCCUCUCUGUGACCUACUCAGACGUCCUCAUCACUGCCCCAAACACACAGACUGUCUCUGUGUCGUUUGCUGUGGACUAUGAGAUGGACCAGACUGAGGCUCACAUGAAGACUGAUAUCGCCCUAGGGGUGUUGGGUGGCGUUUCUGUUCUGUAUUCCCUGGUGAAGACAGCCAGCUGGAAGAGGAGGAUUGGCUCUCCUCUCAUUGACAUGGAGACCGUAUUGAAGUUCCUGUUGUUUUACGCUGGUGAUCUGGCUAACGUCUUCUUCUUCAUCACCGUGGGAACAGGCCUGUACUGGCUCAUCUUCUAUAAGACGGUGGAGGCCCAGCAUUUUGUGUCAGUGCUGCUACCGUUACCAGGUCUGCAGGAGGAGAGGUUUGUGGCGUAUGUGGGCUGUGCCUUUGCUCUCAAGACUGUGCAGUUUCUCCAUAAGCUGAUCCAGCAGUUGUCAGUGGAUAUCUUCUUCAUAGACUGGGAGAGACCGCGCGGCAAAGCCAACAAGACCAUCCAGGGCAAUGGCAACGGUGAGGCGAAGCACAGCCCUUCUCCUGUCAGCAUCUGGAGGACCUACUUUGUGGCCAACGAGUGGAAUGAGAUUCAGACCAUACGCAAGAUCAGCCCCACGUUCCAGAUCAUGGCUGUGCUUUUCCUACUGGAGGUGGUUGGCUUCUCUAGUCUGGCCCUUAGAGACCCCUGGUCAGAUCUCCAGCGCCCCCCUCAGGCCUACUCCCCUCCCUACAGCCUGACGCUGCGCUAUGGCCUGGCCGCCACUCUCUGGCUCUGCAUUGGACUGCUGCAGAUCAUUUUCUUCACUGCUUUCCAUGAGCGUUUUGUGGAGGAUAAGAUCCGUCAGUUUGUGGACCUAUGCUCUAUCAGCAACAUUUCGGUGCUGCUGCUGUCCCACAGGUGUUUUGGUUACUACAUCCACGGGCGCUCCGUCCACGGCCACGCUGACACCAACAUGGAGGAGAUGAACAUCAACCUCAAGAGAGAGGCCGAGUCUCUGUGUGGUCAGAGAGGUCUCCUUCCCAACACAGACAUUCAGACCUUCCAGAUCUCUAUCACCAGCCGCCUACGCCUGCAGUACGACCGCAUCCUGGAGCCCCUCAGCAGGAGAAAUGGACCAUCGCGGUUGGUGGACGCAGCCUCGGGACACCCCUUUGAUCAGAGCACCAAAGCCUACCACACAAUGAACCGUUUCCUAGGAUCUGUCAUAGACCAUGCCCAUCGGGACAUGGAAUACGUUGUGAGAGACAAACUGUUUUUUGAGAGAGUCAUAGGGAUGGAGUUCAUGGAGCCUAUGGACAAGAGCAUCUUCUACAACGAUGAGUCCCAUUCGUUCAGUGACGUGCUGUUCUAUGGGAACGAAGCCACUCUGUUGAUCUUUGACACGCUCUUCUUCUGUGUGGUCGACCUGGGAGCACAGAGCUUCAUACUGGCAGGCGUACUCACAUACGUACAGCAAAUGAUCUUUCGGUUAAUCCGUAACGGUAUUGGGCGGAGAAACCUGGCCAACAAAACAUUGGUGGACAAGAGAUUCCUGAUCUAGUUUCUGCUGUCAGAAUGGUGAAAGUAUAGACCGGGCAAUUCCAGUUCUCGGGGGCUGUUUGGUGUCACAGUUUUGCCCCAGCUAACACACCUGACUCCAAUAAUCAACUAAUCAUGAUCUUCAGUUUAGAAUGCAAUUUGAAUAAUCAAAGCUGUGUUUGCUAGAGAUGGAGAAAAGUGUGACAAGGGUAUUCAACUCUUACCCUACGAGGUCUGGAGCUAGUUUUCUGUUCUACCUGAUCAUUAAUUACACACACCUGGUGUCCCAGCUCUAAAUCUGAAGAAAAGCCGUGGAACUGGUCCAGAGUUGAGCUUGAGUGGUAUAGACUAUAGUAUGCCAUGCCUUGUUAGCAUGUAACAGCCUUGGUAGCUGUGUGACUAGCGUGGUUUAAUUGUUUUGUUUACAGCUUUGGCAGGCUCUUUUUUUUUACAAAUGCUUUUCUACUUGUUUACACAGUAUUUUGUACAUGUUCUUCACAGGGUCGAUGAUGUACAUUUUGUAAUUCAGUUUUUCUAUGUGAUCUGUUUUUACAAAUUAAAACAAUGGGUAUAUUGUCUCUUCA